ACUUAGAUUUCAUUGUUACCCCACUAGUGCUGGUUUUGUGACACCCGAGACGACAAUGGCAUCUACAGGUCUCCAGCUUUUUGGCAUUUUUCUGGCAGCGGUUGGGUUUCUGGGAGAAAUCAUCACAUGUACCCUGCCGAUGUGGAAGGUGUCUGCUUUCAUUGGGAACAACAUUGUGACUGCACAGACCUUCUGGGAGGGUUUGUGGAUGAACUGUGUGAUGCAGAGCACUGGACAGAUGCAGUGCAAGGUCUAUGACUCUCUUCUCGCUCUGCCCCAAGACCUGCAGGCGGCCCGGGCCCUGGUCGUCAUUGCCAUCCUGGUGGUCCUCUUGGGACUUCUGCUUGCCAUUGCCGGCGGAAAGUGUACCAACUGCAUUGAAGACGAAGAGACCAAGAGCAAGGUAAUCAUUACUGCUGGGGUGUUGUUCAUCGUCGGCGGCCUCCUGUGCCUUAUCCCUGUGUGCUGGUCUGCUCACACGAUUAUCACCGACUUCUACAACCCCACUGUGCUCGAUGCACAGCGAAGGGAGCUUGGAGCAUCGUUGUUCAUUGGCUGGGGAUCAGCAGGACUUCUGUUCAUUGGAGGUGCGCUUCUCUGCUGUCAGUGUCGUCAGCGUAAGGAUAGCCGAUACACCGCGAGAUACUCUGCCCCACGCUCAGCACCCGGUGCAGGAGCCUAUGUGUAAAAUGUCCACUUGGGGAGAGUUUUUAAACCACUGACUGGAAUGAGUUCUUAACAUUUGUUUUUACUUGGUGAAUUUUUAAUAAAUGAAUUUUCAUAAUU